AUGUCGUCAUUGUCGAUCCUUCCCAGCCUCUCCGCCGGCCGUGCUGUUUUGCCCGCGGCCGCGCGGCUACUUCCGCUGGCGUCACGACUCGCAUCUACGGGCGUGCUUCGCCGCGCCACUACGUCGGCGCCACGCAAUAUUUCAACCACCUCAGGCUCCUCCGGCCGGACCACUCGGGCCGGCGCUGGCGCCCUCUCGACCGGUGCGCCGUCAUUCGGCGGUGGCUAUCGCGGCGGCCGGUGCAACUUCUCGUCCGGCUCCUCGUCAUCCUCCUUUGGCGGCAGCAUCCCAAACAUCUCCGACAUUCCGGCGCCGUCGGCCUCGCUCGUCGCCGCGGCUGUCGUCGGCGCCUCCGCUCUCUACCUGGCCAAGCGGGCGGUGCUGAUGACGGACGCCGGAGUUACGUACGUCGUCCAGAACAAUCUGACCGGCCAGCUUGACGUGCACACAGAGCCAGGCAUCCACUACAUAGUGCCCUUCUUCUCCACGGUGACGGACUACAAGCAAGUCAUCACGUCGACAUUCGAGGCUGACGAGGCCGUCAUCGCCCCGCUCGCCGACACGUACGUCGGGAUGAUCCCC